GUGCCGCGGAAGAAACAGAGAGGCCAGUACACUACACUAUCUGCGUUUGAGCCACCCAAUUUGACUGCAUCAAUGGAUAAUUCAAACGAUGAAUUCGAACCCCUCUUUGAUUAUACUCGCGUGCAGCCUGCGCCGGUCAUCUGCCUCGAUGAUGACCUAGACGGAACACCUGAUUUUGCCUCUAAGAAACGGAGAAUCUCUGAUACUACUGAUGAGAAAAAACAAGAUGUGAACUCGAAAGAUGUGAAGGUGAUAGAUUGUGAUGGUAAAGAAGAAGAAGAAGAAGAAGAAGAAGAAGAAGAAGAGGAGGAUUGGUUGCCUCCGCCUCCAAAGAAUCUAGAUACUAAUUCUAAAAGUAUUGGCGAGGACUCAACUUUGAAGGCCCUCAGGUUAGAAAGGCAGGAAUUGGCAUCUUUUGCACAGUCGGCUGAUGAUGUAGUUCGAGCUGUUGAAGAAUCUGUUAGAAAAGACCUUAGUGCUUCCUUACAAUCUUCCCCAAAAUCUGUUGCCAAGCAGCCGGUGGAGCCUCAACAUGAGAGGGCAAAAUUUGUAAUAUCCAUCCAGGAUAAAGAUGAGCUUAAGCAACUUCGAGUGUACAUGGAUGAUAAAUUUGAACGACUCUUCAAGAUUUACGCUGACAAAACUAAGCUGGAUGUGAAAAAUCUUGUCUUUUGCUUUGAUGGGGACAAAGUAAGUCCUGAUCAAACACCUAAUAGCAUUGGAAUGGAGGAGAAUGACAUCUUAGAAGUGCACGUGAAAUCAAGCUGAUCCCGGGGUGCCAAGCUCACUUCUUCGGAGAGAGAGGGAGAUUUUUUUGAUUCUGGAAGAAUCUGCAUGAGAUAUUUUUCUUUUUUUUUCAGCUCAUCACUUUUCUUUUAUUCCGCAACUGCAAAUUGAAGAAGCCUUUUCUUUACUGAAUUGAUUGUGGAUUUGGUGAAAAACACUGUUUCUUCUGUAGUUGUUAUAUGGUGUAUCAUAUCAUAUUUUUGGCA